AGCAAGAAUAGGCAUAGAAAUGUAGGGUUUUUUCCACUUCAGAGACACAUUGAUGCAAGAUGGGUGGCUUACAAUAUUCUUUGCUGCGCAUCUUUGCCUUGUACGCCUCUCGUUUUGAUUUCGCUGCAGCAUUUGAGUAUGGUUUUAUCAUCAUAGGUGGAGGCACUGCAGGUCUGGCGGUUGCAAAUCGGCUCACCGAGAUUCCAAGUAUCACAGUAGCGAUAAUUGAGGCAGGUGAUAAGGUGUUCGAUAAUCCGACAGUUACGGCAGUAGAUGGUUUCACUCUCGCUAUAGGCACUUCAAUUGACUGGCAAUAUGAAACGGUAAAUCAAAUUCAUGCUGCAGGACAAGUAAAGUCGUGGCCGGGGGGUAAAGCACUUGGGGGUACUAGCACAAUAAAUGGUUUGUUUUCCUGUUCGUUCGUAUAUUGUAGAAGCUCAUUUGUUUAGGUAUGACUUAUGUGAGGGCACAGAAGUGUCAAAUAGAUUCCUGGCAAGCAAUUGGAAACGAAGGAUGGAGUUGGGAUGACCUUCCCUAUUAUAAGAAGAGUGAGAAUUUCACUGUCCCUACUCCUGAGGAGAUAAAAAAUAGUGCAUCUUAUAAUCCAAGCUACCAUGGGACAGGGGGUCUGUUGAGUGUGGGGUUUUCAAAAGAUCUGUUGAAUGGCUCUUUGCACACAAUCAUUCUUGAUACUUGGGCAAACUUGGGAUUGCCAUUGAACAAUGAUGCCAAUGGGGGCGAUGUAAGAGGAUUCAGUGUUUGGCCAAACACCCUGGACAGUGCAACUAAUAUAAGAGAGGAUUCUGCAAGAGCCUAUUACUAUCCAAUUGAGAGUCAAACCAAUCUUCAUGUUUUCCUCAAUACAACCGCCAACAAAAUCGAAUGGGAUGAGUCUGUGCCCGAGGAACUCGUAGCAAAGGCAGUCCAAAUUACCCACCAGAACGGCAGUGUAGAGGCGCUCAAGACGACAAAGGAAGUUAUUGUUUCAGCUGGCUCUGUGCAAUCUCCUGCGUUACUUGAGCUUUCUGGUAUUGGAAAUCCCAGGUAAUUCUUCUUGAAACUACUAGCCAUUCUUAGCUAACUCAUUCAGAAUCCUCGAAAGAUGCGGUAUUUCUACUAAAGUCAGUUUGUCAGGCGUCGGCGAAAACCUCGUCGAUCAGCCUCUAAAUCUUCUCCAAUAUAACUCCACUGAAUUAUACGAUGGCAUCACAUCAUAUGUAGCAUACGGAGCUAUGGAUGACUUCCUCGCGACUUUACCAACACGAAACACGACAAUACUGUGGGCAUCCCAGAUUACAGCAGCAAACAACAACUCAGUCAGUCAGGCAUCAAUUGAGUAUCUGCUGCAAAUCCAAUACGAUCUUCUUGAACGCCAAGUGCCUAAUGCUGAGGCCAUAGUUGGAACCACUAAAACCUUUGGAGCGGGUCCAAGUCAAAUUCUCGCUGCCUCCAUGUGGUUACUUAUGCCAUUUUCAAGAGGAAAUGUUCACAUUAACUCCUCGGAUCCUUUAGUAUUUCCGGUCAUUGAUCCUAAAUACUUCUUGAUAGACUUUGAUCUGGAUGUUCAAGUAGCAAUCUUUAAGUGGUUUAGGAAAUUCUGGGCUACCGGCCCAGUAAAAGACCGAGCAAUCGAGCUUGUUCCCGGAUAUGCCAUUCUUCCCCUAAAUUCUACGGAUGAAAUGUUAGGAGAUUAUAUAAAGAAGAAUUGUAAGUUGAAAUGAUGUAUUUACAAUUGCUUGGUUCUAUUCGUUCUAACCAAUUCUAGUCGGCGCAAAUUCCCACAAUCUUGGAACUGCUUCUAUGAUGCCCCGUGAACUUGGCGGUGUAGUUGAUUCCAGUAUUAAAGUUUAUGGUACUUCAAACGUAAGGGUUGUGGAUGCUUCUAUUUUCCCAACUCAGGUUAGCGGACAUUUGACUAGCACUAUUUACGCGAUUGCGGAGAAGGCUUCGGAUAUGAUAAAGGAGAGCAUGGGACUCAAUUAAAAGGCACGAAACUCUCUGGAAGCCCUCCAGCUUUGACGCUGAAUGCAACAUAUUCGAGGAUAUUGUCUCGAGAACAUGAGUUCAUAAAUCUUUAGUGUGUUUCGAUCAUGUACAAAAAAAAAAUAAAACUCAUAUUAGACCAAAACUUUGAAGAAAAG